AUGAAGCAACUCGUCUCUCAAGAUGCACCCAAAAAGAUCAAGCACAUCCAGUUCGGUGUCCUGUCCAAGCAGGACAUCGUCAACAUGUCGGAGAUCGAGGUCACCACUCGAGAUCUCUACACGAUUGGUGAAGCCGAACGCAAACCAGUUGCCAACGGUACACUAGACAGACGUUUGGGUGUGUCAGAUAAAAACUCUUUAUGCGAGACCUGUCAUCUAAAGAUGGCAGACUGCGUUGGUCACUACGGUUACAUCAAGCUCGUCCUUCCCGUCUUCCACGUCGGCUUCUUCAAGCACACCAUCGCCAUCCUUCAGAGUAUCUGCAAGAACUGCGCCACUGUUCUGCUCGAAGAACCUGACCGUCGAAAGUUCUUGAAACGUUUCCGCAAACCAAAUCUCGAGAACCUCGACCGUACACGGGCGUUCAAGGCUGUCAAUACCAUUGCACGCAAGGUACUCUACUGCCCCAAGUGUGGAUACACCAACGGCACUGUCAAAAAGCAAGGUCAGCUCAAGAUCGUUCACGAAAAGUUCCGUGCAAAGAAGACAGCGGCGGAACAUGACGAGUUUAGGGCUUCGUUUGCUACCAAUAUCAAGAUGGGCAACGGCGACAUCUCACCACAUCUCAACAGAGCACAAGAAGACCUCAAUCCGCUCAAGGCACUCGACCUCUUCAAGCGUAUCUCGGAUGAAGACUGUGAGCUUCUCGGAUUACGGCCCGAGUUCGGUCGUCCUGAAGAGUACAUCUGGCAGUAUAUCUGCGUUCCACCAGUCUGCAUUCGUCCCUCCGUAGCUCAAGAUGGCGCCACCAACGAAGACGAUGUCACCAUCAAACUUACCGAGAUCAUCUUCACAAACAGUCUGCUCAAGCUCGGCUUGGUCAAAGGCGGCAAGGGUACCACCACAAGUCAGCUUGUGCAACAGUGGGAGUUCCUUCAGUUGACCGUCGCACUGUACAUCAACUCAGAACUGCCAGGUGUACCUACACAACCAGGACAGAAGCCAAGCAGAGGUUUCUGCCAGCGUCUCAAGGGUAAGCAGGGUCGUUUCCGUGGUAACUUGUCAGGCAAACGUGUCGACUUCUCCGGUCGAACCGUCAUCGGUCCCGAUCCCAACCUCAAGAUCGACGAAGUCGCCGUGCCACAAAGAGUCGCCAAGAUCCUCACAUACCCAGAACGUGUCUUCGAGCACAACAUCGAGCAGCUUCGUCAGGCCGUCCGCAACGGAACUGAUGUUCAUCCCGGCGCCAACUAUUUAAUGGAUGGCAAGACUGGCUUCAAGCGCUUCCUCAAGUUUCCGGGCAUGCGCGAGGAGCUAGCACAGAAACUCCGUGUCGGUGACAUUGUCGAGCGCCAUAUCCGUGACGGUGACAUCGUUCUCUUUAAUCGACAGCCUUCACUGCACAAGCUCUCCAUUAUGUCUCACAGAGCAAAGAUUCGACCAUGGCGUACGUUCCGUCUGAAUGAGUGUGCCUGUAACCCGUACAAUGCCGACUUUGACGGUGACGAGAUGAACAUGCACGUUCCACAGACCGAAGAGGCGAGGACAGAAGCUACCAUCCUCAUGGGCGUCAAGCACAACUUGGUCACACCGCGAAACGGAGAACCCAUCAUUGCGGCCAUUCAGGAUUUCAUCACUGCAUCGUACCUCAUCUCCAAGCGUGACCGCUUCUUUGAUCGUGCACAAUUCGCCCAGGUCUGCAGCUACUUUGCUGAUGCGGAUCUGCAGAUCGACAUCCCUCCACCUGCCAUCAUGAAGCCUGUUCGCUUGUGGACUGGUAAGCAGGUCAUGUCCUGCCUCAUCCGUCCCAACCGUAAAAGCCCGCAUCUCAUCAACCUCGAGGCGCAAUGCCGAACCUUCGAGAAGCCCAAGGGUGGCCACCCAAAAGACAUGUCGCCCAACGAUGGUUGGCUUGUCAUUGUCAACAGCGAGGUCAUGUGUGGUGUCUUCGAUAAGUCGACCGUCGGUGACGGCAAGAAGAACUCCGUCUUCGGUGUCAUGCUUCGUGAUUAUGGUCCUGAUGCUGCCAUCACCGCCAUGAACCGACUCGCAAAGACGUGUGCCCGAUGGCUUGCCAACCAGGGCUUCUCGCUCGGUAUCAACGAUGUCAUUCCAGGACCCAAUCUUCGCAAGAACAAGGACGCAAAGGUGGAAGCUGCCUAUGCCGAAUGUCUUGACUUGAUCGAGAAGGCCAAGCAUGGCAAGCUCGAGAACCUUCCAGGUUGCGACCAGGAACAAACACUCGAGAAUAUGAUCUCAGGUGUACUAUCAGGAGUCCGAAGUGACGUCGGUGAGAUCUGCAUGACAGAGCUUAGCAGACACAACGCUCCUUUGGUCAUGGCAGUCAGUGGUUCCAAGGGUUCCAAGAUCAACGUGGCACAGAUGGUCGCUUGUGUAGGUCAGCAGAUUAUUGCAGGUUCACGUGUACCCAACGGCUUCCAGGAUCGAUCGCUGCCACACUUCCCCAAGAAGUCCAAGGAUCCGCCGUCUAAAGGCUUUGUGCGCAACUCAUUCUUCAGCGGUCUGACGCCAACUGAGUUCCUCUUCCACGCUAUCUCCGGUCGUGAAGGCCUGGUCGAUACUGCAGUCAAGACGGCCGAGACGGGUUACAUGCAGCGGCGUCUCAUGAAGGCACUUGAGGAUCUCUCAACGCACUACGAUCUAAGUGUCCGCAACUCAGUCGGCGGUGUGGUACAAUUCAUCUACGGUGAUGACGGUCUGGAUCCCGCCGAACUCGAGGGCAACGCCAUGCCCAUCGAGCCUUUCCGUCUAUGGCGUCACUGCAUGGCCAUAACACAUCACAUUCCGGGCCGUGGUAUGUAUCCUUACGAGAUCAUGGAGAUCGUCGAACGCGAGCUCAAAAGCCCUCGCUUCGUCAACACCUGCACACAAAAGUACCGCGACUCUGUAUACGAGUUCCUCAGCGAGAACGUCUACAAGCGCGCGGUCGAGGUGCGCCAAGCAUUCGGCAUGUACGGUGCGGAGGAGCGCGCCGAGUAUUGGGACGAGCACACCGACCUUUCGUUCGGCGCCGACCGUGAUGCAUGGGCAAUUGUCAACAACAAGACCAAGAUCAAAGAGGUGGCGAUUCUCGAGUUCCUCAACCAGUGCUAUAUCAAGUACAUGAAGGCCAAGAUCGAGCCAGGUUCGGCUGUAGGUGCCGUAGGUGCACAGUCGAUCGGAGAGCCAGGUACGCAGAUGACGCUCAAAACUUUCCACUUCGCCGGUGUUGCAUCGAUGAAUGUCACGCUUGGUGUACCUCGUAUCAAGGAAAUCAUCAACGCUGCCAAGUCGAUCAACACGCCUAUCAUCGAAGCUAAGCUAGUUUCGGAGAAGUCGGAACAGUCGGCACGAAUCGUCAAAGGUCGAAUUGAAAAGACGUACCUCGGCGAUAUCGCCUCGGUCAUCGAAGAAGCAUGGGCAGCGCAGUAUACCUACUUGGGCGUUCACAUUGAUAUGGAAGCCAUCCAGAAGCUGCAGCUCGAGAUCACGCUCAACGACAUCAAGUGGGCGAUUGUCAAUGCUCCCAAGCUCAAGAUCAAAGAGGAGCGUGUGAUGGUGAUUCCCAAGAAGAACCGCAUUCGUAUCUACGUACCUCCCGAGGGCAUUGACAAGGAGAGCGAGGUGUACUACAACCUUAAGGCACUUAAGCGCACCUUGCCUUCGAUCGUUGUCAAGGGUAUCCCACAGGCCACACGUGCCGUCAUUUCGGACGAAAAGGGAACUCGCAAACUCCUGGUCGAAGGUUACGGUCUGCUCAAGGUCAUGACGACAGAAGGUGUCAUUGGCACGCAGACCCACACGAACCACGUCAUGGAGAUGCAAUCCGUACUUGGUAUCGAAGCAGCUCGCACAUCCGUCUACCGCGAAAUCGAACACACGAUGUCAGCUCACGGUAUGAGCAUCGAUCCGCGGCACGUCAUGCUGUUGGCAGAUACGAUGACGUACAAGGGUGAAGUGUUGGGUAUCACACGAUUCGGUGUAGCCAAGAUGAAGGAUAGCGUGCUCAUGCUGGCCAGUUUCGAAAAGACGACGGAUCACUUGUUCGAUGCCGCACUGUUCGGUAAGAAGGAUGAGGUGCUGGGUGUUAGUGAGAGCAUCAUCAUGGGCAACCCUGCACAGACGGUUGGUACGGGUAUGCCAGCAUUGGUGGUGCCUGCGCCGACGUUGCCGCCUCGCCGAGCGCUGCUAUUUGAUCGAUAG